CACCAUAUGGCCUCAGCCUGGUCUGAAGAGGAGACCUUUGUCUGCUCAGUAUGCCUGGACACCCUGAAGGAACCAGCCACUCUAUCCUGUGGACAUUCAUACUGUUUGGCUUGUAUCCAGAGGCACUGGGACAAGAGAAACGGAAAUGGUCAGUACAGCUGCCCCCAGUGUAGGCAGGUGUUUAACCCUCGACCCUCGCUGGCUAAGAGCACUGUGCUAGUGGAGGCUAUGGAGAAACUGAGAACCAACAGCCUCAAGCAAAGCUCCUCCACUGCCCCGCCAUCGAUGCCUAUCUACCUGGAGGUCCUACCAGGUAUAGGGCCUCGACAGGGCAGCAUGUACCCUCAGCUUCCAACAGUGGACCCAUGGCUUUGCUCUCAACACAAACAACCUCUGGAUCUGUUUUGCCUUGAAGACAAGGAGUGCGUGUGUGAGGUGUGUUGCCAGCAUGGACACAAGGGACAUCGUGUGGUCAAACCACAGGAUGAGAGGAAGGAGAGACAGAAAGAGCUUGUUCAGAUGCAGGUAGACAUACAGAGGAGAAUCCAGGAGACUGAAAAGAGGUUUGUGGAGCUCCCACAUGCUGCCCGCCAACACAAAGCCUUGGUGCAGGCUCUAGAUCAAGAGAGCACGAAUGUAUUCUCUGAGCUUGUCAACACCGUGAAUCAAACAGGCAUCCAAGUUGGCGAGGUCCUCAGCACCCAUGAAACCUCCUUAGGCAGCCGGGUUGAGGGACAGAUCCACAGACUGGAGCAGGAGGUGGCACCGCUGCGCUGGAAGAAUGAAGAGCUGAGUAGGCUGGCCCACAUCCAAGAUGACAUCUUCUUCUUGAAGAAUUUCCUCAUCAUGGAGCCACUGGGUCAGACAGGUUCCCCAGGAGAGUCGAUACUGAGUCAGGAGGUAACAGUAGUAGCCUCCGUCCGCUCAGCCAUGAAAGAACUACAAGAGUCAAUACAGGACCUCUGCAAAGCUAGCCUCUCCAAGAUCUUCACAUUAGUGAAUCCUGAUGCUGUCGCUUCAACACCCGAUGGUGCCGCCGCCGCAGCAGCAGCAGCAGCAGCAGCAGCAGCUAACAGUGGUCAGGUCACCACACAAAACACAAGACAUGAGGAUUCAUCAAAACGUCCUGCAUGUCUUGAGGCUUCAGCCCCACCUUCACCCUCCCCUCGUCCUCACCCACAAGCACCUCCUGUAACAACAGUGGGACUUAAUCUAGAAACGAAGACAAGAGAAGAAUUACUGAAAUUUCGCUUUGAACUCACCAUGGACGCCCGCACGGUGUAUCGCCACGUGCAGCUGUCAGAUGGAGGUCAUAAGGCCACGAUGCGGGCUGAGAACCUGAACCUACCAGACCAUCAGGAGCGCUUCCACUUCUGGAGACAAGUUCUCUGCAGAGAGGCCCUGACAGGGAGCCCUUACUACUGGGAGGUGGAGUGGACUGGCAAGAAGAUCACCAUCGGCGUGGCCUACAAGGAGAUGGAACGUAAGGGCUCUGACGACAGCAGCCGUUUGGGCCACAAUGCUCUGUCUUGGAGCUUGAACUGGUCCGGGACCGGCUUCUCCUUCUGGCACGAUUCCCAGGAAAAACCGAUCGGCUCGCCUAAGGCCCGGCGGAUCGGCGUCUAUCUGGACCAGCAUGCAGGGAUUCUGGCCUUUUACCGCAUUGCCCACAACCAGGCAGAGCUCAUCCACCAGCACCAGAGCCAGUUCACGGGGCCACUGUACCCAGGGUUCAGGUUCUGGGCAGGAGUAGGUGCCACAGUGACUGUUUGCCGAUUGGAUUGAGUUGUAUAUGAAUGAUGGGCUGUUGUAUUUUGAUAUAACCUGCGUGUCUGGUUAGAAGUGAAUGUGCUCCUGGGAUCCUUCUAGAGAUGAAACAAAAAUUGUUCAGUAAUGUCUGGUUUUCAUAUUAUUAUU